UGAACACGAGCCUGUCGGACGUACGGCGCAGAGGGCCACUAUGACCCCUGCAGUGACCCCGAAGAAGAGACCUCCGCCUCCCCCUGGACUGCUAAUGAUUGGUCGUGUGCAGCAUCUACAGGAUGAUUGACAGCUGCUCCUCCUGAACCCCAGGAUGCCUGUGGUGCCAGUGGGUGGGACAUCCUCCUCCCACCACGUCGUACCUGUCGCUCUCACCUGCUCCUGGCUGCUCCUGCUCUUCCACGCCGCCUUUGGACAGAAACCCGCCAAGCUGCCUCUGAUUGGCCGGAAGCCUUUCAUUGCUGCCUGGAAUGCCCCGCUGGACAUGUGCACCAUCAAAUACAAUGUCACCACCAACGCUGACCGCCUCUUCCACAUCCACGGGAGCCCACGUGCUGAUUGGACGGGGCAGAAUGUUACGAUUUUCUACGCCAACCGGCUGGGCUACUAUCCCCACUACACGCCGCAGGGCACCGCUGUGCACGGCGGCCUGCCACAGAACUGCAGCCUGGACCAGCACUUGUUCAAGGCCUACCAGGACAUCAACCACUUCAUCCCCUCAGAGGACUUCCGUGGCCUGGCUGUCAUUGACUGGGAGUUCUGGCGGCCUCAGUGGAGCCGAAACUGGCACAAGAAGGACAUCUACCGACGCAAGUCAAGGGAGCUGACCGCCAAAGCAUACGUCAAUGUGACAGCAGCACAGGUGGAGGAGCUGGCACGGCGGCGGUUUGAAAAGAGCGCCAAGGCGUUCAUGCAGAGGACUAUCCAGCUGGGGACACGCCUUCGCCCCAACGGCCUCUGGGGUUUCUACCUCUACCCCGACUGCCACAACUACAACCUGCACGAGCAGAACUACACGGGCUUGUGCCCUCUGCUGGAGAGGCUGAGGAACGACGAGCUGCAGUGGCUGUGGAACAGCAGCACGGCGCUCUUCCCCUCCGUGGCGAUCAGGAAAACUCACACCAACAGCAUCAGCAACCUGCACUUCUCCCAGCACAGGAUCCGAGAGUCGCUCCGCAUCGCCUCACUGACCUCCAAGGAGUACGACCUCCCCACUUAUGUGUACCUGCGGCUGGGCUACCGAGACGAGGCCCUGGCCUUCCUCACCAUGAAAGACUUGAUCCACACUGUCGGGGAGAGCGCUGCUCUGGGAGCUGCAGGAUUCGUCAUCUGGGGGGACCUGAACCUGACCUCAUCCAGGCAUAACUGCACCAAGGUGAAAACCUUCCUGAGCCACCGCCUCGGCCUGUACAUCACCAACGUGACACGUGCCGCUGAGGUCUGUAGUGACUUCCUGUGCCAGGGGAACGGCCGCUGCAUCCGUCGGGACCCCCUCGCCCGUCAUUACCUCCACCUGAGUGCCUCCAGCUACCACAUCCGGCCCACUGACGACGGGGACUUUACUGUCACUGGGUGGCACUCGCAGCACGAACUGGAGCUGCUGACGGAGAGGUUUCGCUGCCACUGCUACGAAGGCCACGAGGGCAAGCGCUGCGACAGUAUCAACAAAGUGAAGGAGGAUGACGGGCCGUGGAGGGAGGAGGAGGAGGAUGAGCAGGAGAGGCGGAGGACAGAGUGGGAGGAUGAGCAGGGUGAAGGGUGGGAGGGAGGGGAGAGUGAGGCGCCGCUGAUCGGCUGCAGCCUUCACCUGAUGGUGCUGAUGCUCCUGUUGAACUUAUGGUUAGUAAAGACGGUUGUAUGAUGCACUCUGACUAAAGGAGGAGUCACAGAUGUUACUUUUCAACACACAGGCAGACAGACAGGUCGUUGGUUGGAUUUGAACUGAGAACGUAACGGUUUUACCCGAUGCACCAGCAGCAGCAGCCGCUUUAAAAGAUUUACCAAAUGUAUCCAUGAAUCUAGUGAAAGUUUUCUACUAAACAAUUAUCAUUUUUGCCGCUUCCGUUUUUGCCCAAUAACGCAAACUGAUGGAGGCAGCAGGAGACCAGCAGCUCUUGUGUUCAGUAAUGUUAAAUUACUGUUUUUCCAAUGGACUCUGGCUUUGGAGAGAGCGAUAUAACGGCUUCAUUUUCCUGUUGGAAAUCGCUUUCUGAAAUUACAUUAAAAGUAUUCUAAAUAUAGCGUACACUUAAACUGAUAACGAUUUCUUUAGGUGCCUGAAAUACGUUUUGUUGUUGACCCCUCCACAGCAGCACAUUGCUUGGCUUCUGUGUCAGUACUUUGGCCUGCUUCUCCAAACUGGGGCAUCUACUGUAAGUACCUCAUACAGUCCCACAAAAAAAGAUCUGAACUAUCCCUUUAACAUUCAGCUGCUGAGUGAGAGAGAAACUAUUAAAGUGAACGGUGUUCAAUGUGAACUCAAAACAGCUGCUGCGUUGAAAAGUAACACGUGUAAAAAAGGAGUGUGAUGGCACUUUACAUGACAGGACAUGAGGUUUGGCAUGUUGACAGAUGAAGGUUUGGUUGACUAAUUCAGUACAGUCGGGUGAACUGUAAUUAACCUCUGCAACAAUCAGCACUGCCUCUUUUGCCAACAACUGCACCCAUUCUUCCGAGAAUGUUAAUUAGUAAUUGUUGAACUGUGGACUGAGUCACCUCCUGCAAAGACUUGAUCAUCCAGCGUCACCGCAGAGCCGAUGGUCUGAUCAGAGGGAUCGUGUUUUAACUGCUCGCUGCAGGAUGACUCUCUAAUUUGUUUUGUGGAGACACAACAGCCAAAUCGUUCAAUGGAAACCAAAGAGUGCUUCUACCACUCAGUCAUAUGUAGGAAAAUAAUCACUAACAUUUGGGGGGUUGGUUUGUGGUGGUUUUGAUUUCAGAUGGCACAAAACUUGUUUUCCUCCUCAACAAUAAGCUCUUACUUUACUUGACAUUAUACAUGAAGUGUGUAUUUUUUUAAAAAAAAAAUUUGUACUGUUGCUUACAUCAUACUCUCGAAAUACGGCAUGUCAGGAAACGCCACAUAUUUGAGCCUGUUGGGACGCGGCGUGCACAUGUUGUAGGUGCUAAUGAUUUCAGAAUAUUAUGUAUCUGUGUCCUCUCUAUAUCGAUAUAAGUAAAGAGGAUCAGGUUUGUUUUUCCGUGAUUACGUAGAGAUUGAUUUCACUAUAUCUCAGUUCAGACGAUUCAGAUCACGCAGACUGUGUUGUCAGUUUUUGAUGAUGUUUCAUCUUGUUGUGACUGAGUGGACCAAAGUGUCUCUGAAGCCGAUGUACAGUACUGUAGGUAUGACGAAACACUGAACAGGAUGUAAAAGACGGCACAUACUGUAUCUGAAUACAUGACUCAGCAGCUCUCCGUGGUUCUGCAGUUCUUUAACACCUACUUGUUACCAAAGAGGAAUCAUCUCCUGCAAAAAUAUGACUAAGUAGAAGACUGCCAUUAGACUGAAGCAGGUUAGAGGGUCUGACACUUUGUACCAAACAGAGUCCACAGAAACUGUUCUCACUGUACUGUUAAUGCCUCCAGUUGGUUUGAUGUUCUGUCUCUUUCUCUGUCUUGAUUAUUUUUUACCUGGACCAAUCCAAGUUUAAUCCAAGAGCAGCUAACUUCAGAAGGAUGCAGGGUUAUUACAGUUAAAGCUCCAGUGUGUAGGAUUCAGAGGGAUAUAUGGGAAGAAAUGGAAAAUAAUCUAAUAAGUCUGUUUCCUUUAGUGUAUAAUCACCUGAAAAUAAGAAUCAUUGUGUUUUUGUUACCUUAGAAUGACACGUCUACACAGGGAGCAGGUCCUUGUCUGCAGAGAUCACCAUGUUGCACUGUCACGUUUCUACAGAAGCCCAGAACAGACAAACCAAACACUAGCUCCAGAUAGGGUCAUUGGCAUCUUCUGCAUCAGCCACCAUAGUUCACAGCCCCUCCACAACAAGAGCAUUGGAAAAACACAGAUUUUUUUAACGUGAAACUGCUUUAUUCAGUGUUUUUACCGGUUUAAAUCAUCAGGGGUCUCAUUUAUAAAACAAUGCAUGGGAUCUACACUAAAAACCUACGGACAAAAGCCUAAAAUGAUGUGCGCCAAAAAAUAUUUGACCUUUCACCUCACCAUCCGUGUCUCCAAUUUCCUGUCUCCAAAAUGUUCAUAAGCAUUGGUCAAAGUUUCUUCCAUGAAGUCUGUUUUUAUCGAUCACAACUUCUGCGUGGGAAGUGCUGACACCUCGUUCAGGCCUCGUUUUGUGCGUAUGCAGUAUUUAAAAAUGAGACCCAUGGUCCGUUUGUUUUGGAGAGGAAGAGACCUCUGAGGAUAAUUCAGCCGAAUUAUCAGAAUUAACAGAAUCCAAAUCAGGAGUAGUUUCAGCCUGUUUCAGUCCUCACUGCUAGACACUACUAAAUCUCCCUAAAUUUUACACUUAACUAAAGCCUCAAACUUGAUAUGAAAAAAUUUACUUAACUAAAAUAAAAACAAA